AUGGCUGACGACGAGCAUUGGGUAGCCCUCGACGCCCAACUGCCCGACGAGGAAGACUUUGAUUUUGAGGAAGAAGAGGAAAAGGAAUGGCAGGCCCAAGUCGACAUGGGAAAGGUGAAGGCGGAGCCGAUGGGCGAUUUGGAGAUCGAAACGAAGGAAACCAAGCCGCCUACGCUUGAUGACAUCCUCGGGAAUGUUGAUUCUGCUCCAUCCCCAUCUACCUCCGCUGUUCCGCAAGCCACUGUUACAAAGCGGCGAGCCCCAGUUCGAGGACUCCAGCGCCGCUCGGUUCCCUACCAGCCAGACUACGACUACGCGAAGAAUCACAUUCCCGCCGACGAUCCGGACCCGGUUGCACGUUGCGCCGAGCUGCUUCGCGCCAAAUUUCCCGACAUCCCGUUUGGCAUCCCGACGCUGCGCGAUGAGCUGAAAGAAAACCGUGCCUCUGUUCUCCGAAUGAUGAAGGGCCCCCGGUUCUUCCGGCCCUAUUUCACGCCUGGCACGCCGUCUGAGGUGAAGAAAACGUGGUACUACCAUAGAACAAAAAUGAGCCACACGCGCGAGGAAUGGCAAGAGGUCAUGCGCAAGAAGAACGAAAACAUGACGGACGAGCAGAAAAAGCACAAAGACAUGAAGAAGCGCGAGUAUUGGAGGAGGAAAAGAGACUCAAUGGAAGCGAACAAGCCAGCAGCAGAUGAGGAAAAGCCGAAGCCGAAAAAGUCACGGUUUCCGAUCACCGAUCCGGAGGAGCGCGAGCGGAUCAACGCGAAGGCCCGUGCAAAGUAUCAUAGGAGACGAGAACGCCUUCUCCAAAGCCAAGGGCUCGUCCACUAUCCGCCAGACUAUACGGAGGGGCCGAGGAGAACAACAAGAAAAAGGAAGCCGAAACGCCAAUCCGACGACGAAGACGAAGCCCCGAUCCCGCAGCUUGAUAAUAUUCUUUUUGAGGCCGAGGAGCAGAUCAAGCUACAAGCCAAAGAAAAAGCGCUGCAGUGCGCGGCCAGGGAGAAGCAACUGCUCGAGGAGAAGCGCCAGGCUCGGGCGGCUAAAAGUGCUCAAAAAGAUCAGGCUCCGGCAGAUCAAGUCUUGAUUGAUGAGCAGCGCUUCUUUGCGACGAUCAGAGCUACUGCUCAAAUCCAGGAGCAGCACAUGGUGCACACCGAGGAGGACAAAUUUUACAAGGCUAUAAUCGCAGCAACUGGGGAAGCGGGCGAGAAUACGGCAGAUGACACGGCGACUCAUUUUGCUCUUGAGGAUCUUUUCCGGAACCAGGGAGGGAUGCCGGACGUCGAAGAA